GUCCUUAGCAACAAGGUAACACCAUAUCGCUCUGUUUAUUACGUGUUACCUCUGGGGCUAUUCAAACAAGAAUUGGAUUGUUGUUAAUCAUCAUUGGAUUCGACAUAAAUAUUUAUCGGAAAAGAAAAUUCUCUUUAGCCAUUUAAAAAGACUAAAAAACUCCAGAACUUCAUUCAGUACUAUCACCGCCACCAUGGGAUGUAAACAAUCAAAAGGCACAAUUCGAAUCCAACCUGUUGGACCGGCUGAAAUUCGGCGGGACAACUCUAAACUGAAGAAAUGCGCCAGUGACAUCAACAUUGAGAGAGACCUCAACUCCCGGCCCGGGAAAAAGAGCGGAAUGCGUCGGACGAAAUCCCAGAAAUCGACUGGGAGUCACCUGACGGGGUCUUGUGCUAGUCUGGAUUCUCAGCUCUCCCACUCAGACUCUCCCCGGGGACAGAGCGCCUCUUCCAAGGUAUCCAAACACAGCGCCGACUCCGGGCUCGGGGAUGAGUAUGCCCAUGUGAUCACCGAAUUUUCCCACGAGAAUGAAAUCCAGAGAAUUGAGGAGGAAUUCCAGGAAAACGACGGUCUCGACUUAGGAAUCUCAGGGAUGGCAAUUCCGAUGAGAACCAGUGCGAAGGAUCGGGAGAGGAUGCAGGAGGCCAUGAUCAUCCAAGCCCUGAGGGAGGAGGGCCUUAUUUCUCGUCCCCAGGCCCAAGGCGCUUCAGGAGUCAGUUUUGAGAUCACAGCAGAGGGGGCCAUGAUGAGUAGACCGCCCCCGAGACUUGAAAAAUUGGAGAAAAGGAGAAAGAAGAAACGGGCAUUAACCGAAGACGAGAUACGAGAAAAACUAGAGAGGGCGGAGAGCAGAAAGAGAAGGAAAGAACAGGAACGCUUAGAAAAAAUCAAAGAAAAGGAAAAGACAAACACAAACGAGGCUCUGGAAGCGUUUGCGCAGAUGCAACGUGAAAAAGAGGUGCAAGUGAUCAAAAAACUAGACUCGGUUUCCGACAAUCGUGAAAAACUGCUCAGGGAAAAGCAACAGAGGCUGAAGGAAAGGCAGAGACGGGCCGAACUUGUCCGACAACGAAAACAACUAGCCGCGAUCGAGGGGAAUGAUCAAGUUGACACCAUUCCAACCGGAAAUCAACUAGAUCGAUCGUAAUUCCGCAGUUAAUGUUAGUUAUUUACAUCUAGUCUUUUUAUUUGAUACACUGGUUCAGAAUGAGUGUGCGGAUAGAUAGGAAUUUUUGAAAGCAUAAUAUUUAUUGAGAAAGAUGUAGAGAUCAGUCCGGGCAUUGUCCCAAACGUGUUUCGCUUCUUGGACAAAUUUAUCAUUAUUAUCAUUAAAUUGUUAUCAAACUAAUAGUCCUCUUCGGCUUGGCUGGUAGGGGACUAAUAACUACUAUUCCUCCGACGAAAAAGGACCAAUGAUGGAUUUAUGUUUUUUGUAGAAGUCUAUCAGUAUUAUAUAUUGAUAUAAUUAUUGUGUCUAUUGAUAUCAGCCUUGUGUAUUGAUGAUAUCAGUAUUGUAUUUAUUGAUAUCAGUAUUGUGAAAUGAUAUCAACAUUGUCUAUUGAUAUCAGUAUUGUGUUUUGAUAUCAGUAUCGUGUAAUGAUAUCAGCAUUGUGUAUUGAUGAUAUCAGUAUUGUAUUUAUUGAUAUCAGUAUUGUGAAAUGAUAUCAACAUUGUCUAUUGAUAUCAGUAUUGUGAAAUGAUAUCAGUAUCGUGUAAUGAUAUCAGCAUUGUGUAUUGAUGAUAUCAGUAUUGUGUUUUGAUAUCAGUAUUGUGUUUUGAUAUCAGUAUUGUGUUUAUUGAUAUCAGUAUUGUGUUUUGAUAUCAUUAUAAGAUUGUAUAUUCUUGUCAGUAUUCUGUAUUUACAUCAGUGUCAGUAUUUUACGUGUAUCACGGUAUUUAUUUAACCCUGAUUAAUUCUACAGUGAUGUGGAAUGAUGAUCCAGUAUUACUAGGCCCGGUAAGCCAGUUUGUUUUGAUUGUGAUAUAAAGUUUAUAUAAUCAGAUGUUAUAAGUCUAUUUUAAUGGCGUUGUUGAAGUCUGAAUGUUUUCUUCAGGGUUUGUUAAACAGAGUUAAGGGAAAACUUCAGACUGCUAUUUUGAUUUAGAACAUGUAUCACGUGACGUCCCUGGGAUUUCAUCAGAUGACGUCACGUCAAUAAAUUCAUUAUCAAAAUUCA